UGAGACAAAGUUAUUGUUUUUGUCACAAUGUGUGUCAAAAGGGUUUUAAACCUCUACAGCUUUUAGCACCUUCUAAGAGAAGCGACCACAUCACACCAGUCUGUACUGCCCUUCACAUGGUUCCCUGUAAGUUUUAGAACUCAUUUUAAGAUUUUACUGCUUGUUUUUAAAGCUUUGAAUGGUCAGGCUCCUGCCUAUACUAUAUCUGUGAUCUUUAACUCCCUAAGAGCCUGAUCGCUGAUUGAGACCCUCCGUCAGGGCCCUACUAACGCUUUCAAAAUCUUGACUUGUCACUGAAGGUGAGUGGGCCUUUGCUGUCCCUCAGCUGUGGAACUCAUUGCCUGAGGAUCUAAGACAGGCAAUACACACAGUAGCUCUUAGCAAGCUUAAGGUGCACCACAUGUACCAGAGCAGCCAGGUGGAGAUUGUGCACUCCAAUGUGGUGUUCGAUAUCUGCAGCCUGAUGCUAUAUGGCACCCAAGCCAUCCCGAUUCGCCUCAAGAUCCUCCUGGACCGCCUUUUCUCUGUCCUCAAGCAGGAGGAGGUCAUUCAGAUCCUAAAUGCCCUUGAUUGGACACUGCAGGACUACAUACGAGGAUAUGUGCUCCAGGAUGUAGCGGGGAAGGUGCUAGACCGAUGGGCCAUCAUGACAUUUGAGGAAGAGAUUGCCACGCUGCAGCAGUUCUUGCGUUUUGGUGAGACCAAGUCCAUAGUGGAGCUGAUGGCUCUGCAGGACAAGGAGGGCCAAGCAGUGUUGGUUCCCAGCACCCGCACCAAUUCAGAUAUCCGCACUUUCAUUGAGCGCAACACCCCGCGCACUGCUGCAAACCUUUCUACAUCCAAAGUCGAUAAGUUGAGCGGCAACAGCAUGCACCACUUUGAGAACUUUAUCAACAGCAUGGCCUUCAUGCUGCCAUUCCAGCUGUUAGGCUCGGUUCCUGCACCAUUUCUGGGCUCACCAUUGGGGACACUGCAGCAGCAGCAACACCAGCAUCAGCAGCCAUGCUGUGGGUCAAAGGAGCAGCAGAGUCAGAGACGAGACGAUCAAGGGCGGCACGAUCUGGGGAGGGACAACCCCCUCCCUCUUUCACGACCUCCAGAGAGCAGCCUGCUAGGUUCCAGCUCUGUUUCAUUCACUGUGGAUCUAGACCGAAGUGGAGACAAGCCAACGGACAGCCUUUCCACCAACACAAAGAUUGAGGCAGAGGAUUUCUCCACUAGCGACAACUACUCGGAUGGACCCUCCACACCGUGCACACCUUCCAUGAGCUCUGAUGUAACACAGAUGUCACCCGAGGGCAAGCUGCGCUCCUUGGACAGAAAUGGAAGUGGUGGAGGGGUCUCAGGAGUUGGUGGAGGGGGAGGCUCGCUGAAGAAGGGUCGUGUAUUUUGCAAUGCCUGUGAGAAGACGUUUUAUGACAAAGGCACACUGAAAAUCCACUACAAUGCAGUGCACCUGAAGAUUAAGCACAAGUGUACCAUUGAGGGCUGCAACAUGGUGUUCAGCUCACUGCGCAGUCGCAAUCGCCAUAGUGCCAACCCAAACCCACGGCUACACAUGCCCAUGAACCGCAACAACCGGGACAAAGACCUGCGGGGCAGCAUGUCUGCUGAUGAAAGCUCUCAGGGAGAAAAGAGACAUGACUAUGGCAACCCCAUCCCUGUGUGCUCUGCAGAAAGCCAUAAAUCAGUAUCCAGCUACAUGGUGAGCCAUGUGGACGCUGGCUCUAAGCUCCACAGCAGCUCAUUCCCUAGCAUGGGCCAGAGUGGCAUCCUUUUUCCCAACUUAAAAACAGUACAGCCAGUCCUGCCUUUCUACCGCAGCCUAGUAACUCCAGCAGAGCUUGCUAACACCCCAGGAACACUACCCUCCCUUCCUCUGUUGUCCUCCUCUGAAACUGUCAAACCCAUCACAGCCCCUGAACCCUGUGUGACAGACCCUAUACCAAAGAAAAAGUCACGGAAGUCAAGCAUGCCAAUAAAGAUAGAGAAGGAGGCAGUGGAGCGGGAUGAGCAGAUGGAUAAGGGGAGCGGCUCUGAGGAUGAGGCUCCUUUACAGGGCAGGGACCGGGAGGAGUGUGACAGUAGCCUAGCAGAAAGGCAUAUGUGCACAAGACAAGCUGGGGAAGAGAAGGAGCAGAGAGGGGUUUACACUAGCGAAGACAAUGAAAGGGACAGCCCCAAGCAUCUGUUGGACCCGACUUCAGAUAGAGAAAUAACAGAGAGGAACAAUAAAGAUGAUGGGCCAAGGCAAGCUGAAACAGGGGUGAUCACCUGUGCAUCCUCUCCCUUUGAAAACAGACUGAUGGAGAACCACCGUGACAACGACCUACUCUGUCAGGAACCCAGUGACAAUGAAGAAAGGGUGGACAGGGAGCAUGUGAAUUCACUGUAUGCAGCUGACAAAAUUUCUGAGCUCAAAUGGGAUGAGGGUGAGAACAGGCUGAAUAAUGGGGGCACUCUCCAGCUCAUGGACCAUGAGAGGGAGGGAUCUGAUAGCUGUGUCGAUGACUUUGGUGACUCAGGUUUGUCUCACUUUGACCCUGACACUGACUUUCCACACCACUGCGAAAUCUGCUGUAAGACCUUUAAGAACCCCUACAGCGUCAAGAUACACUACCAAAAUGUCCACCUAAAGGACAUGCAUAUGUGCACAGUGGACGGCUGCAAUGCUGCCUUCCCCUCCCGCAGGAGCCGAGACAGACACAGUGCAAAUUUGAACCUGCACCACAAGCUACUGACCAAAGAAUCAUUCAGUCCAGCCAGCACCCUCUACCAGCCCUCAUCCCACUGUAGAGACAGAGACUCUGUUGGCCUGGACUACUGCCCGGACCAGCGGGAUAGAGAACUGCCCCAUAGAGACCCAACCAGCCACACAUCCGUCAUUUUCAGAGGACACAACCGAAUGGGCCUGGUCUUCCCUAUGAGCAAAAUGUCUGCAUCAGAGAGUGCCGAGGAAUCACCCUUAGGAGAGAUGGAGAGAUUAGGAGAAGGAGGACAAGGUGGUGGAAGUGGGGAGGAUGGGGCAGUCCUGGACCUGAGCACCUCAUCUUCUGUCCCACCUCGUGGCAGCAGCAGUGCACUAUCUUCCUGGGACUCAGAUGGAGCCGGUAGCGAGGAAGGGGAAGGAGUUGAAGAAGGUGAGGAGGCGCUCCCCAUGGAAGACAGUGAUGAAAGCUGCGAUGGGAUUGGUGUGGGAAAGCCUGGAGGUGAGGAAUUGGCACCCGGAGGAGAGAGGAUCCUUGGCUGUAUUGGGGGAGGACAAGGUGGGCUUCAGGGAGGUGGGGGUGGAUCUCCGAUAACCUGCCACAUCUGCCAAAAGGUCUACAGCAACAAGGGCACAUUCAGAGCCCAUUACAAGACUGUCCAUCUACGACUGCUUCACAAGUGUAAAGUCCCUGGCUGCGAUACUUCCUUCUCCUCUGUUAGAAGCAGAAACAGACACAGCCAGAAUCCAAACCUCCACAGGAACCUAGCUGUUAGCUCAGUUGCCACGAUGGACCAGUAGUAGGGAUUAGAGAUCAUGCCAACAUGACUGAUUUUCUUUGUUGUAAUUGUCUUUGUUGUUGUUGUUUUUGUUGUUGUUGUUGUUGUUGUAGUAGUUCUUUUCUUUUAGGGCACCUAAAAAAGGCUCACCAAUUAGCACUUUUUAAAGACCGUACUAUAGUCUAUCCUGUUGUCAUAUUUUGUCAAAAAAGAGAAGAAAAAAAAAGUACAAUCAGGAGUUCACUUGUUGUGGCAAAUGCAAUCUCCUUUUGAAACAAAUGCCGUUUUUUGUGUUUACAUAUCAACAUUCUGUAUAAAAAAACACCAAAACGUACACCUGUCAGUGAAUUCAUUCUCAGCAUUGAGAAAAUAGAAACAUGAUGAGUCUCAGACUUCUCUGUAUUGGUUUGCCUCAGUUUAGACCUUAAAAAAAUAAAUUUGUAUGAACUGAAUUUUUCCAUGUGUUGUCUAAGUGAGAGUUGAAUCAUGAAAUUGUAUCAUGCAAGUGAUUUUCUUUCUGGUGUUUUUGUUGUCAGAUGUCAAUAUCUUCCCUGUGAAGCUGUGCAUAAUGCAUUAAUCAAAAGAAGUAGUGAAGUAUCUUCUACAUCUGUCAUUUCAUUCAUUUGGACAAUGGUCUUAAAAAGAGUCUUUGUUAAAAAGCUAUAGUGUUGUGAGCUUGACCAGUAAGUUAUUGUAUGGUGUUGAUCUGAUCUGUCUUUACUCUUCUGGUUGUUGCAUACUGUUAAUGUUUACCAAAGAUUUUUUCAGUCCACAGGUGUGUAUAGAAAUUCCUUCAUAUUGUGUGAGGGGUAUGCAGUAUUAAAGGGCCCGCCCAGUCUCCUCUCAUCUACUUUGUGAUUAACAGCAGUAUUCAGACUUGGGCUUGGUUAUAAAAUAAUAUAAAAUUUACAAAAUACAAACAAACAAAAACAAAAACAACAACAUCAAGAAACAAAAAACAACUUUUUUUUUCACCCUGAUCAGGGUGAAAAAAAACCCUGAUUUUGGUGGUGUUUUGGUAAAGAAAUCUGCCCAUGGGACUAGACUUGAUUAAGAUAUUGCUCUUGUAUUGUCUUUGUGGUUUCUUGCAGUAUCCUGACAGACAGGAAGAAAUGCUAUGUAUGGAGGCUAGAAGUAUGUACAAUGAAUGAGUCAGACACUGAGAAAAAAUGAUGAAAAAAGCAGUUUUUAAUAAUGGGCCCACACAUAAUCACACCUUAAAAAACAAAAUGGUAAACUAAAUGUUUAUUGAACUGUAUAUUCUGUGAAUAGAGUAAUUUGUUAUUUGAAAGAAACCAAAAAAUAUACUGUAUAAAAUAGUUAAAGUUCACCACUGACAUUUCAUGUUUUUCAUUUCUUUUUUUUUUUUUUUAAAUGAAUGAACAAGAACAUUUUGUUGUACAUGUCUGAUUAUUUCACCAUGGUUUUCUGGUUGGGUUUUGCUCUGUAUUCUGCAUUUUUUUUUUUCAUUCUGUAUUUAAAUGCAGUGGGCCAGAUUUAAGAUCCUGUUUGAUGGUUGUUUGGAUUUGUUAAAAAAGGAGCAAAAACCAUUCAUGUUUCGUUUGAUUUAAUGUUACAAUAUUCA